AUGGAUAGGCUGUUAAUUCUGACGCUCCUCACCGGACUGGGCUGCAAGGAUGGGCCCAUAUUCCUCCAGCACCUGGGAGGAGUAGGCCAAGUACGGUCCCAGGAUCCAACGCAAGCCGACUUCUCAGGCGGCGACGCCGGGCCAUACGCCUGGGAUGAGUCGCCCGCAAUGGGUGCAAGUGCGAACGAGGAAUCGAACAACGUCUUACAAUCGACUCAGGGCUUCGCUCCGAUGACUUCUGGCGACAUGUCUCCCGAAUGGAACGCUCCGAGUGAUCAUUUGACGGACGUCGCCUACGGCGAGCCAAUCCAAGAUGAUGUCCCCUUGUCGCAACCACUCGUGACAGGCCCAAUGACGCAACCAAUCGCGACAGGCCCAAUGACGCAACCACUCGCGACAGGCCCAAUGACGCAACCACUCGCGACAGGCCCAAUGACGCAACCACUCGCGACAGGCCCGAACGUGCAAGAAGUCGCGCCAGGCCCAAUCAUGCAGCCCCUUGGCCCAGAUGGCGGCUCUGUGCGACCCAAUCCUCCGGUGGGCGUGCCCGUGCAGCCUGCUGGACAAGCCCCGGCACCCGUGCAGCCCCCCACCCAGACUGGCCACCCCGUGCAACCCGCGCCGAUUGACUCGCCCAUGACCAUGUCAGCUCUGGCGAGCCCGUCCGCGCCUGCACUCGCUGCAAGAAAUUUAUAUUUGCGGCCGAUGUACGGCGCUCCUCGAGGUUCUCUCGUUCCCCGUGCGCUGGCCGGGCGACAGUUCCGGCAGGAUGCUCCCCGAGGGCAAUCACUGAGCGCGCGUUGCGGGCACUACACUACGACCACAGCGCGUCCGACUCACCCGCCGCCACCACCACCACCACCUCCGCCGCCUCCCCCACCGCCGCCUCCACCGCCGCACCCGGGCGCAUGGGCGAAUGCGAAAGCUGAGGCGUCGGCGAACGCGGGAGCCUACGGCUAUGGUCCCUACGGCGGUUGGGGAGGCGCUUCCGCCUCUGCCAAGGCUCAAGCCGAAGCAGGGGCCUACGGCUACGGUCCGUAUUACGGUUACCGAGGCGCUUACGGCCGGUCAAUCUCACCGAGGAGCUCCUUGUAUCCACGUUCAGCGUACAAUCCGGUCGCCGCCGGCCGCGAACAGCAGCUCCUCAAAGACGGUCCUGCAGUGCCAUCGCUCACAGCAAGGUGCUCACAUCCUCUCACGCCUGUUAAACCCAGACCCACACCUACCAAGCCCAAAGACAUGACUCCUGCGUCAAAAAUUCUUCACUCCAAGUACUAUCCGCACCCAGGAUCUUCUGCACAUGCAGACGCGCAAGCUGAAGCCGCCGCAAACGCCUAUGGCUACGGUCCAUAUGGUCCAUUUAAUGCGGGCGCUUCCGCCGCAGCGAGAGCCGAGGCUGAGGCGGAAGCUCUGGCUUCUGCUGCCGCGUUGAAGAAAGCUGAAGCAGAUGUCCUGGGUGGCGCUUCCCUGUACGGACAAACCCCGUAUGCCGGUCUCGCCGAGGCUGCCGCAGCCGCGAAAGCCCAAGCGGUGGCUUUGGGUCCCUAUUACCCCAUCGGAUCGUACGGUGCCCUCGCCGGAGCCUCUGCCGCCGCAAAGGCCAAGGCCGAAGCCGCGGUUUUAGCGGCUGCUGCCGCCGAAGCGAAAGCUGAAGCCGCAGCUCUGAACGAAGCUUCUUACGGACCGGCCUCGUACGGCGGCAUCGCGGACGCGGCCGCCGCCGCGAAAGCCAAAGCCCAGGCGGGAAGUUUCGGUACCUAUCGCGCGGUCGAAACGUCACCGUAUGGCGGUCUCGCAGGAGCUUCCGCAGCCGCAAAAGCGAAAGCCCAAGCGGCGACUUGGGGCGGCUACCGCUCUGUCCGAACGUCCCCGUACGGCGGUCUCGUUGGAUCUUCCGCAGCUGCGAAAGCGAAAGCCGAAGCAGCAGCGGUAGCAUCUGCUGCCGCAAAAGCAAAGGUCGAAGCAGCGGCGGUAGCGUCUGCUGCUUCGAAAGCGAGAGCUGAAGCGGACGCGGUGGCUUCCGCCGCUGCGAAAGCGAAAGUUGACGCGGCGGUCCUGAACAGCUAUAACCACUACGUACCAGCCUCGUACGGCGGUUUCGCAGGAAGUGCCGCCGCUGCCAGAGCCGACGCCGGCGCGGGGGCCUUUGGCCAUCUCUACGGCGGUCGGUCAGCCCAGCCCAAUGGUGCUCGAGUCAAUCUUCCGGCGCAGCCCAACGGACGACAGUCUCUGUAUGCCCCUCCGGCCAACCGCCCCGCUCCACGGCUGAUGAAACGAAGGAUGGCGAUGUUCGAGCAGCAGCAGUAUAAGCAGAGGAGACCCAGCAAAUCGAGAAAGACUCAGAGAAGGUCGGCGGCUCGCGAUCCUUCGAAGCAGAACCAAUCUAGGAAUUCGAGCUCCAAAACAGGAAGGAACAAGCAUUCCAAAGCAGAGAGCGAGCCCGUCGAGGGAGCGGACGUCUACCAGAACGGAGGAUCUGAAGGCAAGCUACCGGAACCCUAG